AUGAUGUUAGUAAAAGAAGGAUUAUUUUGUUUCAUUUUAUUCACAUGGAUAUUGCUGAUCCAAGGUCGUCCUCAAGCGGACUCCAUGACUAAAACUUCAGAAAAACCAGAGCCAUACGAAUACCAAUACAAAGUGGAAGAUAAACCAAGUGGAAAUUACUAUGGGCAAAACGAAGUUGGCAAAGAUACAGGUCGCAUAGAAGGAUCGUACUUUGUAUAUCUUCCGGAUGGUAGACUCAUGACGGUCACAUACUACGUUGAUGGAGAAAGUGGUUUUGUACCAAAAAUCACCUUCCAAGAUAAUGCUAGCCCAUUUGGAAAUACUGAAUCAAAUUCUAUUCAGAGAAGAUAG